UAACCUAAAACACAAAAAAACAACAAGACUGAAUAUUAUGUGUAUAUUUUAGAAUAAAAAGAAAAUGGAUAGGUCUAACGAGAACAGUGUGAUUUGCAUCUGCAACGAAAACGAAAACGAUAUACUGGAUUGCUUAUCAUCGAAUGUGGAAAUUGUCUACUCGUUCCGAGACCGGUACUUCGAAAAUCAUUCUGUGGAAGAUGCAAUCAAUAAAAAUGAAGAAUUAGAAGCAUUAAUGAAUGAAGCUUUAACACUGUUCAACAAGCAUGAGAAGACAGCUCUUGAUCUCGACAAGGCGAAAUACAGCUAUUUACGUGGACGUCUUUUAAAUGUGUUACCAAAAUUUAGUCCUGAAUCAGAAGUUUUACUCUCAAGGGCUUGUAAAUUGAAUCCGAAACUUAUGGAAGCCUGGAAUGAACUUGGGGAGAGCUACUGGAAAAAAGACGACCUAGUAGAAGCUAAAAAUUGCUUUAAACGCGUUGCUGAAUAUGAUCCUAAUAAAAAUAAAGUUGCCUUGAGAAAUCUAUCCAUGCUGGUCAGGCAAGAAGUCACAAGCAAUGCAGAAGAAAGAAAACAAAGUGUCGAAAAAGGUUUGGCAUAUGCAAAGGAGGCAGUACAAGUGGAUCCACAAGAUGGUGUUUCUUGGUCCAUCUUAGGCAAUGCUCAUUUGUGCAGUUUUUUUGCCAUCCACCAAAAUCCUAAGACUUUAAAACUUUGCCUCAGUGCAUACCUACAAGCUGAAAAAGAUGUGCUUGCAAAAAGUAGACCUGAACUCCAUUACAAUAAAGGAAUUACACAUAGAUAUGAAGAAGAAUAUUUGUUAGCUUUAGAAUCAUUUAAGAAUGCCAGUCUGUUUGAUCCAACAUGGGAAUCACCGAAAAUUAAACAAGAACAACUUCUAAAGUAUUUGAAUGAAGUCGUCGAUUUAGUAACAACUCAUGGGAAAAUGAAGGCAAAAAGAUUACAACAACUUUUACAAUCUAUUGAUUCUAAACUACUGGGGCCUUAUAAUGGCGGCAGUUAUACAUCUUCACAUGGCCAAACAGUAAAACUAGUAGAAACUUCUUUAAAAGACUUAAAUCCUGGCAUAAAUGAGGAAAAAGUAGUACUUGGAAAAGUAGUUUGUUCUAUUAGAAAUGAAGACACAGUACCAUUUACAUUCUGUUUAGUGGACAAACAAGGAACAUGUGUAGUUGUAUCAAUUUUUAACUUGUCUAGUGGAAAAGGUGUGAUAAUCGGCGACUCGGUGGCAAUUCCUGAACCAUUUGUAGUGGAUAAUAACUUUACCUACAAUAAUAAGGAAUAUAAAUUUCGUUUGAUUCGUGUAGAAACUCCUUUAAUUCUAGUAAUAAACGGUAGAAAAGCAAACAGAGAUCUUCAAGCGGGCGUUCAGAUGUCCCUCUUUAAAAAGUAUGACUGACAAUAACUCUAAUUUAAAAUUUUAACAAACCUAACAACCUUUUAAUAAGCAAAGCUGUGACGAAAAUUCGACUAUUGCAAAGCAGUAGUACAAAAACGAUAAUUUAUUGCUAUAUUUUGGUAAGAUCUUGAUUGAAAGAGAGAGACUUGUGAAGUCUCACACAUGAAAUGUGGAUUUGUUAACUUUUAUUGUAGGAAUGAAUUCAGUUUUGUGCUUUUUAAACGGACGAUAAAUCACUUUAUGAAGCUUUAAUUUUUAUUAACACGAUUUAUUUGUAUUACAUUUUUUUACAAUGAAAUAUACUGAUCUUUUUUAUCAA